AUGCUCAAUAAAGAGACAUUGGUAUCCGAUUUGUGGGCUCUUGACACGCUAGGAAUUUUAGACCCUUUAGAAAAGAAAUAUAAAUUAGAACUUCAAGAAGAAACCAGGAAACAUAUCUUAUCUACAGUUAAAAAUGAAGAAGGUCGUUUUCAAGUAUGCUUACCGUGGCUUGGUGAACAUCCGCCCUUGCCAGAAAAUUUUAAUUUGGCUAUUAAAAGAUUAGAUUCGACUGUUAAACGAUUGAAAACUGAUAAUCUUUAUGAAGAAUAUAGGGAAGUUCUCUGUGAGUGGGAACGAGAAGGAAUAAUAGAGUCUCUACCGAAAACUGAAAUUGAAUUAGCUUGUCAUUACUUACCUCAUCGUCACGUAGUCAAAGAAAACAGUAAAACAAAGAUUAGACCUGUAUUUUACGCUUCAGAAGAACAGAAAGGAACACUUAGACUGCCUUGA